AUGAACCCAGCACCCUUGACUGGCGGUCCACUUCAGGGCCAGAUCGCCCUCGUCACCGGUGCCACGGCCUUCAUCGGUCGUGCCAUAGCGCUGGAGUUGGCGCGGCGCGGCGCGCACGUGGUCGUCAACGGCCGCAAUCCCGAAGCCGGGCAGGCGGUGAUCAACGAGAUCGCUGCGAACGGCUACAGCGCCACGUUUGAACAAGCCGACCUGACCAAUAGCGAUGCGGUUCAUGCCAUGGUGGAUCGAGUUGCCGAGCGCCACGGUCGCCUUGACAUCCUGGUGGCCAGCGGCGCAGAUGCCAGUGCCGACUUGCCGUUCUUUCGCCUUUUCAAGGAAAUGCGCGACGGCGGCUUCGACAACUACAUCCGCGCCCACUGGCUCACCCGCGUGUAUGCGAUCCAGGCGGCCGCCCGCGUCAUGGCACUGCACGGUCGCGGCAAGAUCGUCGCGGUGGGUACCGCCGCGGGCCGCGUGGCCACGGUCGGCGAAUCUUUCAUUGGCGGUGCCACAGGCGGCAUGAUGCAAAUGUGCCGCGUGCUGGCACGUGAACAGGGGCGCGACGGCAUUCGCGUCAACGCGGUGGCGAUGAGCUACAUCUGGGAUGCCGAGCCGCGCUGGGGUCCGGGCUCGCCAGCGCUCGAAGACGGCCAUG